AUGCAUCAACAGCAGCAUCAGCAGCAGCAGCAAAUGCAGCAACAGCAACUGCUGCAGCACCACCAACUGCUGCAGCAACAUCAAUUGCUGCAGCAGCAUCAACUGCUGCAGCAGCAACAGCAGCUGCUGCAGCAACAACAGCAGGAGCAAUAUGCAGCAGGGAGAGAGACUGCCUUUUGCUUGAAGUACGUCGGCACACACACAGACCCCGCAGCAGCAGCAGCAGCAGCAGCAGCAGCAGGAGUAUGUCGAGCCCCUGGGUGUCUAUUGGACAGCAGCAGCAGCAGCUUUAGCUGGGGUGUAUCUGCAGCUCUCCAGCAGCAGCAGCAGCAGCAGCAGCAGCAAUUAUGCAUGCAAGAAGCACCUGCAUACACCAGCGCCUACGCCUCAACUCAUUCGGCUGCUUCUGCACAGCAGUGGACAUCUUUACCUGGAUCUCCUGUGGCGCAGAGACCCGCAGAUAACAGCAGCAGCAGCAGCAGCAGCUGCAGCAGCAGCAGCAGCAGCGCCGUACUCCUCGACUCAGACGAACUCAAAGCACUCAGCAGCAGCAAACCGCCGUUUGUAAUUCCAUCCAAUCAAAAUGACGCAGAAAAAGAGCAGCAGCAUAAACAAAUGCUGCUGCUACUGCAGCAGCAGCAGCAGCAGCAAUUGCAGCAGCAAUUGCAGCAGCAGCAGCAGCAGCAGCAGCAGCAGAAACCCUUGAAACACCAUCCCUUCAACCUGAACAUCACCGCAGGCCCUCUCACUUUUCAAACUGCAGCAGCAGCCCCACAAACGCAACCAGCAACAGCAGCAGCAGCAGCAGCUACUGCUGCUGCUGCUGCUGCUGCUGCAGGAGGUAGAGGAGGAGUGCCUUACAGGGGUGUCGUAGAUUCUUUAGGGCCAACUGAAGUGUGGAGAGGCGAACAGCAAGCAAUCGAUGAAAUACGGGGUUGCGGUGUACGUACACGCGAUGCUGCAGCAGCAGCAGCAGCAGCAGCAGCAGCAGCUGAAGCACCCACAGUCACCCACGACGCCCCUGCGCCCGACAGCAGCAGCAUACGAACGGCCACCACCAGCAGCAACAUCACCAGCAGCAGCAGCAGCAGCAGCAGCAGCAGCAGCAAUAAGUUUGUGAAGUGGCUGGGUGAUGAAGUUUGCUACGGUAGUUUGCCUAUUGGCUGCUGCCGCUUCGAUCCGAGCGUUUUAGUCUACAGCGGUUUAUAUAAAAGUGCUGCUGUAAGCCCUUCAGCAGCAGCAGCAGGAAGUGCAGCAGCAGCAGCAGCAGCAGCAGCAGAAGCAGAAGCAGUAGCAAUUAAACAAAUCCCUGUUGUAGUAUUAAGCAGAGCAGCAAAUUUGUGUGAAUAUACAAAAAACUUAGAAAAAAUUACAUCAAAUAAUAUCGUGAAGAUCAAACGCACAAUAUUAAGAUCAGCAGCAGGGUCAGCAGCAAAGGCUACAGGAGCACCUCCAUCAGCAGCAGCAUCAGGAGCAGCAGGAGCAGCAGCAACAACAGCAGCAGGAGCCCCAGGAGGAGGAGGAGCAGCAGCAGCAGCAACAGGUAGAGCAGCAGCAGCAGAGAGCAGUUAA